AUAUUAAUAAGGCAGCGGAAAGAAGAAAUAUGAAUACGGCUCCAUCAAGACCCAGCCCCACACGAAGAAGAGAUAGUCCUGAUGUAUACCCACGAGAUAUGCAUUAAAUUGGCCCCUUCUCUCAAAGAAGAGCCUGUUUAUGUUACCAUAUGCACCAAAGAGGCGUUAUCCAAACUAGCACCCUAACCACACACGAGUGGAUGCAGUGUGUGCACUUCUGUGUGGAAUGCAGACAGAUUUGAUCUGUUUCAUAUCUGGUGUCUCUUCAUGGCCAGAUGGAUACUCAAGAUCCAUAUGGCUUUGGAGAUGGUCGAGAUACAAGACGUGAUAGAUCCCCAAUCCGAGGAAGUCCAAGGAGAGAGCCCAGGGAUGGCAGAAAUGGCCGGGAUGCCCGUGAUAGCAGAGCCAUGCGAGACCCCCGAGACUUGCGGGACCACAGAGAUGCCAGAGACAUUCGGGAUCACAGAGACAGCCGAAGUAUGCGUGAUGCUCGGGACAUGAGAGACCUUAGAGACUUUCGUGAUCUAAGAGACUCUAGGGAUUUUCGAGAUCACCGGGACCCCAUGUACGACAGAUACAGAGAUAUGAGAGACUCCAGAGAGCCCAUGUACAGGAGAGAAAGCUCUUAUGACCGAUACCUGCGAAUGGAUGACUAUUGCAGGAGGAAGGACGACGCUUACUUUGACCGCUACAGAGAUAGCUUUGAUGGACGAGGCCCUCCGGGCCCAGAAAGUCAGACUCGUGCAAAAGAGCGUUUGAAACGUGAGGAACGGCGUAGAGAAGAACUUUAUCGUCAAUAUUUUGAGGAAAUCCAGAGACGUUUCGAUGCUGAGAGGCCUGUUGAUUGUUCUGUGAUUGUGGUCAACAAGCAGACUAAAGAUUAUGCUGAAUCUGUGGGCCGGAAGGUACGAGACCUGGGCAUGGUAGUGGACUUGAUCUUCCUCAACACAGAGGUGUCACUGUCACAAGCCUUGGAGGAUGUUAGCAGGGGUGGGUCUCCUUUUGCUAUCGUCAUCACCCAGCAACACCAGAUUCACCGCUCCUGCACAGUCAACAUCAUGUUUGGAACCCCUCAAGAGCAUCGCAACAUGCCCCAGGCAGACGCCAUGGUGCUGGUGGCCAGAAAUUAUGAGCGCUACAAGAACGAGUGUCGGGAGAAGGAACGUGAGGAGAUUGCCAGACAGGCAGCCAAGAUGGCCGAUGAGGCCAUUCUGCAAGAAAGGGAGCGCGGAGGUCCCGAGGAAGGAGUGCGCGGGGGGCACCCUCCGGCCAUCCAAAGCCUCCUCAACCUGCUGGCAGAUAAUCGGUACCUCACUGCGGAAGAGACCGACAAGAUCAUCAACUACCUGCGAGAGCGGAAGGAGCGCCUUAUGAGGAGCAGCACCGACUCUCUGCCUGGCCCGAUUUCCCGCCAACCACUCGGGGCGACCUCGGGUCCCUCGCUGAAGACACAGCCAAGCUCCCAACCGCUCCAGAGCGGCCAAGUGCUCCCCUCUGCUACACCCAGUCCAGCUGUACCCCCCACCUCCCAGCAGGAGCUUCAGGCCAAAAUCCUCAGCCUCUUCAAUAGUGGCACGGUUGUGGCCAAUAGCGGCUCUGCAUCCCCCUCAGUCGUUGCCGGAAACACCCAGAACCAGAAUUUUUCCACAGGAGUGAACAGCCAGCCUCAGCAGAGGUCACAGGCCUCUGGCAAUCAGCCUCCGAACAUUUUGGGACAGGCAGGAUCUGCUCGGAACAUGGGCCCCAGGCCUGGGGCUCCUUCCCAAGGGCUCUUUGGCCAACCUUCCAGUCGCCUGGCACCUGCCAGCAACAUGGCUAGCCAGAGGCCCGUGUCUUCCACAGGUAUCAACUUUGACAAUCCAAGUGUACAGAAGGCUCUGGACACCCUGAUCCAGAGUGGCCCUGCUCUCUCCCAUCUGGUUAACCAAACCGCAGCACAGGUGGGGCGACCCCCGGCCCCGAUGGGAUCUUACCAGAGGCAUUACUGAGGCUCAGUCUCUCAACUACCCCCGGUCCCUUCAUCCCCUGGCCUCCCACCUACUGCGUGCAAAUAGAGUUAUUGGAGGAUGUUUUCGGCGCCUCUCCAGGUCUACAUCGAAUGUCUCUACCGCCUGCUCUCACUUCUGCCUGAGCCUGUGUUGCUUAUUCUUUCCGGCGUCAGAGUUUAUACUGCAUUUGGGGGUGCAUCUUCUUUUGUUGUUUUUGUUUUUUGUUUUGUAGAAAAUAAAUAUCUCUGGGGUCACUUGGGCAGUAUAGGUGUCUGGGCUCAGUUUAUAUGUCAUGGGUUUCUCUGGUCUCUCUGUGCACGGAUUCGGAGGUUGCGGCUGUGGGAGGCGGCAGGAGGAAGCCGAGCCCGAGCGGCUGAGUUUGGAGUGGCGCUUUCAUGUCAUUCGCCACCGCCUUUGUUCAUUUUGAAUCUGCCAAGGUUUUCAGCUUGGCGCGGGCCGACCAGAUCUCAAGCUCCGGUCUGCAGCUCCUGCCUCAGGUUGCGGGGGACCAGCCUGGCCUUGGCCGGCACGGCGCCGUCAUUGUGCCCCCCAUCCCAUGGGUAUGGGGUCUGCUUGAGGACUCACUGACCAGCUGCCCUGGAGUUGUCGAGAAGUGUCCGUGGCAGCCACAGAAGCAGGCGCUUUUCUACAUCAUCCAGGGUUGUGGGUUUAGGGUUUGUUUUGUUUUCCUUUUUCUUUUUUUCUUCAUUUCAUUGGAGGAUCUCCAAUGAGCUGAACAGCUACCAUCACCAGCAGUUCAACAAGAACUGUGAACCUGGACCCUGACCACUCUCACCCCCUUAACGUUUCUGUCAGCCUCUCCCUCUCCAGUGCUAGUUUCAUGGAGGUUCUGAGAAGGCAGCUCUAGACUCUGACAGGGAGCACCCUUUUUUUUUUUUUCUCUCUCUCUCCCCCUCCUCCCCGCCCAGUGAUUGUUUCAAGCUUUUGGCUCAGAAAUCAGGUUCUUAUUUUCAUUUGGAUUCUUGUUCUGUUUUCUGAGCAGCAGGAAGUAGGGACCAUUUUGAUGUCAGACUUUUGGUAGAUGGACAUGUCCUUAAUACAGGUGGCUGUUCCUAACUUUUGAGCCAGAGUGAAAUUAUUAAGAGGGAGGACUUCAGGCUGCUGCUCUAAAUGGAGCCAAAGCGAGCUGCCGUCUCCCCAGGGAGGUGCUCAUUAGAGCCCUGUGGAUCACAGUCUCGAGGGGCCUCUGGCGGGACGAGGGAGAGCAGUGACUUCAGCUGAGUCCCUGCCAGUGGCUGAGUAAACAAAUGAUUGCAAAAAUUCACGGUCCCCAGGUGGCAGCGUUUUAUGUUCUGACAUGUUUGUGUUACAGAGUGGGUUUUUUCCUCUUUGGAAUUCUGUGUUGUUAAUAAGAUGAGAUGAUUACUUUUUAAUUAAAAUGAAAAAGUAAAACCUG